AGACCAAAUCUUUAGACUAUGGUUUUGCUUCAACCAUCAUGUCAUUAGUUCAAUAUGUGGAAUUAAAUCUUUAAAAUCGGGCAAAAAUAACCUAAUUAGUGAUCGAAUUGUGUUUAUAAUUGAAGUUGGACUGCCUAAUAUAGCAGAAGUGGAGAAACACCAGCAAUCAUAAUGUUUCUAUCAGCGCUAUUUAAUGUGGACAAUGGCUAUUUGGAAGGCUUACUUCGUGGAUUUAAAUGCGGUAUAUUGAAGCAAUCUGAUUAUAUUAAUUUGGUUCAAUGUGACUCCUUAGAUGAUCUUAAGAUUCAUUUACAAAGCACUGAUUAUGGCAACUUUUUAGCCAAUGAACCAUCACCUUUGGCUGUUUCGGUGAUUGAGGAUAAAUUGAGGGAAAAAUUGGUCACUGAAUUUCACCAUAUUCGCAAUCAAGCUGUUGAACCUUUGGCAACAUUCCUUGAUUAUAUCACUUAUUCCUACAUGAUUGAUAAUAUAAUUCUUUUAAUUACUGGAACACUCCAUCAGCGACCAAUUCCUGAAUUGAUUGAUAAAUGCCAUCCUCUUGGACGCUUCGAUCAAAUGGAGGCAAUCAAUGUGGCAACUACUCCUGCUGAUCUAUACAAUGCGAUUCUUGUUGACACACCAUUGGCUCCAUUUUUCGUCGAUUGUCUCUCCGAACAAGAUAUGGAUGAAAUGAACAUUGAAAUUAUCCGAAAUACACUAUACAAAGCAUAUCUUGAAAGCUUCUACAAAUUUUGUCAGGAUGAGAUUGGAGGUACAACUGGGGAAGUUAUGUGUGAGAUUUUGGCAUUUGAAGCUGAUAGACGAGCUUUCAUUAUAACCAUAAAUUCAUUUGGAACUGAGUUAAGUAGGGAAGAUCGAACCAAAUUGUAUCCUCGAUGUGGUAAACUAAAUCCUGAUGGUUUAGCAGCUUUGGGCAGAUGUGAUGAUUAUGAUCAGGUCCAUGCGGUUGCUGACUUUUAUUCAGAUUAUCGAUCAAUAUUUGAAUCAGGAGGGGGACAAGGAGAUGUUGAUGAGAAGACAUUGGAAGACAAGUUCUUUGAAUAUGAAGUUAAACUAAAUGUUAAUGCAUUUAUGUUACAAUUUCAUUUUGGUGUCUUCUAUGCUUACCUGAAACUGAAGGAACAAGAAUGCCGGAAUAUUAUUUGGAUCUCUGAGUGUAUCGCCCAACGGAUUCAUACAAUUAAACGCGAACAUUACAUUCCAAUAUUUUAAGAAGUAAAAUACAAUCAAAUAUUCGCCCUCUUGUGUUUUGGACUGUUUGUUGUUUCAAUUAAUCAUUUAUCGAGAUUCUGCAGGUUCCUUUAAA